AUGGCAACUACAGUUGUUCAUACAGUUCUUAACCGUAAGAACUAUGAUGAUUGGAGUUAUCAAAUUGAGACCUACAUGUUGGCCAAAGAUCUUUUGGAUGUUUUACAUCAAGUACCUCCUAUUACAGAAAAUGAAGAAGUUAGUAAGGCUUGGAAGAAGAAGGAUGCCAAGGCCUUAUACGCAAUCUGGAAUUCUUGCGGGGAUGAUACUUAUAGUCUUAUCAAGAGAGCAACCACGGCCAAACAAGCAUGGGAUGCUUUGUCAGAUGAAUUGAAGAAGCCAAGUGAACCAUCAGAUGAAAAUGAAAAGAAGUCAAUUCUUCAUGCGUAUCCACCUCCGAUUGAUCAUGGUACUACGCCACUGUUGGCAAGGAAAAGUUGGACUGAAGAACGUGAACCAACUUUCGCCGAAUAUGUGAAGUCUGAUGAUUGGGGUAAUGUGAUCAACUGUCUUCGCAAAAAUAGCCAGGCAGGAAGUGAAACACUUCCAUUUGUGCGAAGUGGUACAGUUCUUCACUACGCAAUCCAGAAGAACUGCAGCGUGCGCAUUAUACAACAGUUGAUGGAGAAAAUGGAAGAGGAACACUUGGAUAUAACAGACGAUGAUGGUUUAACAGCUCUUCAUCUUUUAAUAAGAGAUUAUCCAGAAAGGUUUGAAAUAGCUGAAAGCAUGGUUAAAAAGAACAACCGAUUUGUUACCAAUUCACCUCCUUUGUUCCUGGUGCCUUUUGUGGUAGAGGCCCAAGAGAAGCCAAAUGGGGAAAUGAUGGCUCGCUCUCUCUAUUCCCUCACUCCAGCCGAAGCACUAGAAGUUCCCUAUGCCGCUCGACUUAUUACUCUCGGUUUUAAUUUCAACAGACCUGAUAUUGCGUUGGAUUUAAUUCAACAUUAUCCAAAAUUGGUCAUGGCUAUAGACUGCAAUGGGAAUAUCCCCUUAGUAACAUUGGCGAGUAAACGUCUUGCAUUCCAAAGUGGAAGCCGCCUCAGUCUAUGGGAAAAUUUGAUCUAUUUUGGUUAG